AUUGAAUUAGAACAUUAUGUUAAUUAGGUCUUAAUCAAGAUUAGAUGUUAGAAUAUUAUGAGAAAUUAAUUAGGUGAUUAAAAAUAUCUUUAGAAAUAUUAGAAGUACAUAAUUUUAGGAUUAGAAUAUAUUAGCAAUAUUAUUAGAAUUUUUUAAUUUAGAAUUAGGAUUAAAAAAAAGAUAAUGUUAGAAUUCUAGAGUUUAAUUAGGAGUAUUAAAUUUAGAUUAAUCUAGGAUUUAGAAUAAUUAGAAUCACUUAGAUUUUAGAAACGACUUUAAUUAGGAUUUCAUAAUAGAAAUUUACUAUUAACCAUAACUGUGAAAUGACGAUUCUACCCCUAGGCUUAGAAAUAUUUCAAUCUUGCAUGCCCCCUUAAUUUUAGGACAUGUUAUUACUUGAUCAAAUGAGCUUCAUGUGGAGUAUUAGCUUCUAUUUUGAUUUUUUUUUCUCACUUUUGACCCUAGGCUUUGACCUAGUGGUUUGUUGCUUACAUUUGAGUUGUGGAUUUCAGGUUCAAAGGCACAUUGCCAUGAUUGGAGUGGCUCAUUCAUUUGAGUUUAUUAUUUGAUUGAUGUUGGCUAAUAUUGAGUUGUUUUGUAGGCUUUGAGAACAAGUUGCCUAAUGGCUUGUGCUUUGCUCAUUGUGGCCUAAUGCUUUGUCUGUCUAUGUACUAUUGCCUGAUGACUGUUGUCUGUUUGAUUGUCUGAACUGUGAACUGAUUGGUUUAGAUUUUUCAACAGCCGUGAAGAUCCCUGCUAAGAAAGCUGCUGUCGAAGCGUCGCCCAGUACUGCUAAAAAGCCUUCGACAAAGGUAAGUCGAAAACCCCCAACAAUCCAAAAGAAAAAGAAUGAAGAGGAGAAAGAAGAGGAUAAAGUCCCUAAUGAAGAGUCUGGUGAUGAAUCUCCAGAGUUAAUCCCUCCCCCUCAGAAGAAAAAGAAACUCAUGAAGGUCUCUUCCCAAAGGUCCAUUGCUAACCCAACCAGGAAGGAUCCUGCCAGUGCUUCCUCUGCCAAGCCUCAGUCGAAAGAUAUGGGGAGUGGGAAGUCCAGUUUUAAUACUGAAAUUCCUGAGGAACAAGUGGUUGUCGAAAAAACGCCUGAGAAAAUUCUGGAGGAAAUAGCCCCAGAGGCAGAUGUCUCCGCAAGUGACCAUGAUAUGCAAACCGUAGGAGAGUUCGACACCACUGUGGGUGAAGCCUCUGAAGACGAGUCUCCUCCUCAUCCAGGAUUACAUGCUGCACCUCAGGGUGAUGAUAUUGAAAUGGAGGUUGUGGUCGAAGAUACUCCUGAAGAUGAAGCUGCCAGAGAUGGGGACAAUCAGUCGAAACGAACAGAGGUCGAGCAUACUUCGACGCGAAGCACUCCACCUGCUCCUGACCGGGUCCAAGGGAGUAGCAAAUCAACUGGUUCGACCAGUUUCUCUCGCGAGGAGCUUGAAAAUCUCAAAGUGCAAAGACCUUUGGAGUAUCUGAAAGCCAUGCUUAGCACCCGUUUCAAUUUCCAGGAUUCUUCUCAGAGUAGUUCGACCACUUCUGGGGCGACUUCUGAAGCACCAUCACUUGGCAGCCUUCUGACCAAGAUCAAAACGAAAAUUCUUGAUGUCGAUUUGUUUAAAGUCUUAGAAGAGAAUUCCCUUGCUCAACUUAGUCUUAAGAAACUCUUGAAGCAAGUGAAUGUUUUGGAAACUUCUGCUGAGAUCGGAAGUUUUGUGAUGGAGUUGAUGACUCUCAUUGACUUGGCCACUGCGGAUCUCCAUCGUCAAAGGGAUCUUACCGCUCAAAUCUCCUCCAAGUCUGAAACUCAAACUGCUGAAUGGGAUGCCGUUUCGACUUCGACUGACAAAGUUUCAAAAUUGCAAAAGCUUUCUGAAACGUACGUCGAAGAAGUUGCUGCUUGCAAUGACAAUAUUCAAAAAUGGAAAACACAGAUAGCAGCACUUCAAGAAAAAAUCUCUCAAGAGGAGAAACGUAAGGCAUCCAUUCAGCAACCCGAACAGAGCGAGAUUGACGAAGAAUUGAGGGUGGGUAUUCGACAUGCAGAGAAAGCCCAUCAACUUAGUCAGGAGAUUGAGACUCUCUCUACUCACAAAAGUCUUUGUGAUCAUCGACUCCAACUCCAGAGGCAGAAGUUUGCCACUUUGAAGGAUACUUUUGCCAAUUUAAAUUUUUAGUCGAAUUUAUUUUAGCAACUCUCAGCCCUGUGAGGCUUUCUUUGUAAUAACUUUUGAAUGCCAUUUUUAUUUGGCCCAUCUUAUCACAAUUAUGUUUUGCACUUAUUCUGUUACUAUUUUUAUUUCCUGCAAUGUAGGCUUAUAUUUUUUCAAAUACUUGCCAUUUAUUCUUAGGAUUCUCUUAUCCUUCUCUAUUUCUUCUAUUUCAUAUGCGCCGUUUGAGAAUGUUCUCAAAACCUGGAAAGGUCCUUCCCAUUUAGGAGACCACUUUCCCAUUAAUUUAUCUUUUCGAUCCAUAGGAAGGAUUACUUUCCACACAAGAUCACCUAUUAAGAAGGUCUUGGAUCUUACUUUCUUGUUGUAAAAUCUUUCGACUCUCCUCUUUUGUCUUCUUAUUAGGUCUAGCGCGCGCAACCUUUCUUCGUCUAAGUCAACUAGUUCGUCCAUCAUCAUGCUCCAAUAUGUAUCUGAUGGGAUUUCAUGAUGCCUUUGCACUCUAACUGACUGCAGAUAUAUUUCGACUGGCAAAACUGCAUCAUGUCCGUAAGUCAACUUGAAUGGGGUCGAAUUCGUUGCCUCUUUGGGGGACGUUCGACAAGCCCACAAGGCUUGAUCCAAAGUUUUAUGCCAAUUUCUAGGCUUUUUCCCCACAUGCUUCUUAAUCAAGUUUAUCACUACCUUGUUGGCUGCUUCAACCUGCCCAUUUGCUUGAGCGUAGUAAGGUGUCGAAGUAAGGAGCUUAAAACCUGUUUCUUGUGCAAACUUCUGCAUGUUUUUACCAGUGAACACAGAUCCUUGAUCUGUUGUUAUUGUCUCAGGUAUCCCAAAUCUGUAAAUUAUGUAUUUUUGGAUAAAGUCUAUGACUGCUUCUUGAUCCACAUUCACCAAUGGUAUGGCUUCGGUCCAUUUUGUGAAAUAAUCUAUCCCAACCAAAAUGUACCUUUGCCCUUUUGAGGAAGCUGGUCGAAUCUCCCCGAUCAAGUCCAACGCCCAUCCUCUGAAUGGCCAU